GCCACAGCUCGCCAACGGCCGCCGCCCCGGCCGAGGCCAACCGCCCCGCGCGCCCCUUCCGGUGCCCUUGGCAGUCUCCUCGUGCCCCUUCCGCCUCGGGGAAGUGCGGGGGCUUCAGCCGCCUGGCCUGCCGCAAUGCAUUCUGGGAAAGCAGCAGCACCAGAUCCAAGAUGGCGGCCAGCAGGAGGCUGAUGAAGGAGCUUGAAGAGAUCCGCAAAUGUGGAAUGAAAAACUUCCGUAACAUCCAGGUUGAUGAAGCUAAUUUAUUGACUUGGCAAGGGCUUAUUGUUCCUGACAACCCUCCAUAUGAUAAGGGAGCCUUUAGAAUUGAAAUCAACUUUCCAGCAGAGUACCCAUUCAAACCACCGAAGAUCACAUUUAAAACAAAGAUCUAUCACCCAAACAUUGAUGAAAAAGGGCAAGUUUGCCUCCCGGUAAUUAGUGCUGAGAACUGGAAGCCAGCGACCAAGACCGACCAAGUAAUCCAGUCCCUCAUAGCACUGGUGAACGACCCCCAGCCCGAGCACCCGCUCCGGGCUGACCUAGCUGAAGAAUACUCUAAGGACCGUAAAAAAUUCUGUAAGAAUGCUGAAGAGUUUACAAAGAAAUAUGGGGAAAAGCGACCUGUGGACUAAAAUCUGCCACAAAUGAUUCCAGCAAGUGUGAGCAGAGACCCCGAGCAGUGCAUUCAGACAUCCCGCAAAGCAGGACUCUGUGGAAAAUUGACACGUGCCACCGCCUGGCGUUCACUUGUGGCAGUUACUAACUUUCUACAGUUUUCUUAAUCAAAAGUGAUCUAGUAACCUGUAAAGAAAGGAUUAAAAAUUUCAGAUAUUCUAGUUCUGCUUUCUUUGUUUUAAAAAAUCACUGCUUCAAUCCACUUCAAAAGCAUGGUGUUUCUUUUCUUGUCCAAAUUUACCCAAAAUCUUCAAGUUACAUUUAGCCCAUAAGGUUAAAAAAAGAAAAAAAAAACGGUUGUGGUUUCCCGUCCUUCCGUGCCCUUGCAACUCCCACUCUUUGCAUUCAGUUUAUCUUUCACGGAUCACUUCCUAAGACCCAGGUCCCAUCUUUUCUGCAGAGGAGAAGAAAUGGCUCUGGUGGCUUUUCUUCUCUCGUGUCACACUGCCCUGCAUGGGAGUUGGUUCAAUUCUCCUGAUGCCAGUCUGUAAUGUCCUUUUAAAAAAUUACAGGACAACCAACCAACCACCACCAUCACCACCCCUCAAAAAAAAGAAAAGAAAAGCCCUGCAAAGGGAGGCCCACUCAGCUCUUCUGUAAAAAUCUGGCUCAUGUUUCCACAGCAAUGUGGAUUAAAUGGGCAAGCCCUGCUGUUUGUGUAUACCUGAUUGACCUGCAGCCUUACCUGGCCUAUGUAGGGAAACCCUCAGUGCCAGGUCUGGUGACUCCGGAGGGAGGGCUUGCCAGCUGAGGACACUGCUUAUGAGAUGAUGAUGAAUUUCUCACCGGAAAGGCUCCAGAGGCCAAGAUUUGGCACCUUCCCUGCAACCAUAUUAGAAGAUCCACUGGUCAGCGCAGGCAGAGCAGAAGCCAGAAUGUCCAUUUCAGAUUCCAAGCUCCUCCAUCUCUGAGCUCCAUCGGAAUGUGCCACAGAGCUCUGCGACUCCUUUCUGCAGCAGCCCCGCCACAACCCUCCCUUGGCACAGUUUGACCCUCUGUGGGAUUGGAAUUGGCUGGACUCGGCUUCAUAUCUGGCGUCAGUCUGGGGUUGCUGGGGCCCCUACUGGCCCUUUCCUUUCAGCGCAGCUGGUGGCCCAGCCCAGGAACAAGACGGCCUUCCUUUUCCCUUUGGACUCAGUCUUUGCAGAGUCAAGCUCCACUUGAAGCUCACUCAGUAAUACCUUUCAAUGUGUUUUAUAUUGUUUUGAUUGCCUUUUUUGUAGAAAUAAAAAUUGACCUUAGAAUUUA